CUCAUCUUUGAUAUAGUUAUAGCGAGAAGUAGAUUAACAAACCCUGCCCCCCGGUCAAAUCCUCCCACUAAUCUUCCCUAUGUUUUAUUAGAACCUAUACAUCCGCAUUACUGGGGAUUCAUAAAAAAAAAUAAGAACAUAUAACCUAGUUCUCAAUGAAAGAGACCAUUUGUGUAAUACCUUAAUUUCUCUAUGUUGUUCAAGACUCAUUUGUUUUGUUUUAAGCCUUGCACAUGUUCUUCUUCCAUGGACCGUGACAUUUCAAAGCUACAGCCGGAGGAGGCGGCAGGGCUAAGAUUUGAAAAUGUUGGAUCCAUUUGUCAAAGCAUUCAUGAUAAAAGUGGCUGCAAAAAUGAAGAGGAAACCGGUUCUUCAGCUAGCCAUGGUCAGAAGAGCUUUUCCUUUAUAACUGAAAGGGGAUUCUCGAAGAGGGUUCUUGGCUCUAAUGAUAAAGAUCGAAGCUUGGAAAGUGAAAGAGAGCCAAUCCAUAAUGUACGAAAAAGUGUUUCAAAUUCACAAGAAAUGGAAUAUGAAACAUCUUUCAAAGAACCAGAACCAGAUAUUGAUCAAGAAGCAAAAUAUGUGAAUAAGGUUAAUCAUAGUAUUCAUCAAGGAGCUAAUGUGAAGGCAGUCGAAUUAGAGGACAUGGCAGAGAAGGAUAUUAUAACGAAAAGGAACCCUAGUGAGGAGGCCGUUGUGGACACUGAGGUGAUGGAGGAGGCUGUUAGCAAUGAAAAGGAAGGUGCAAGGGAGGACAACAUGUUAUGUUUUCAAGAAUCUCCUAGCUUCAGGGUAUACUGCGCUCAUAAUGUCUCAGUCGAUGGUGAUGGUAAUGAAGGGAUCAGAGAACCAGGCAGUGAAAAGAAGACAGACCAGAUUUAGGACUCCAUUACGAAAUGGUGAGCAGCAAGAAUGAAAAACUUUAAGUUUGCCUCGUGCAACUGUUCCAACCCUUCAACUACUCAAGAAAGUACCCGUAGAUCAGUUGGAAAAGUUGUCCGCUGACUAUCUGCUAUCUCCACAAGUACACAAGAUACAAGGCAAUUUCAGUCACCGCCUUUAAUUAUUUUCCUUUGAAUUCUUAAGUUUCGAAGGCAAAAUUCUUAUUGGAGACUGCACCAUAUUUCCUGCUUCGGGGAAGUAUAUGUUAGGUUUGCUGAAACGUAUAUCCA